AUGGAAAGUAAGGAGGAAAGAUCUUUGGCAAGGAUACCCACCUGGACUGUGGCCACUGUUAUCACCUUUUUGGUUUCCAUUAGCUUUUUGCUUCAUACAGGUUUGAAGAAGUUUGGGGUGUGGUUGGAUAGGACUAAAAGGAAGCAUCUUCUUGCUGCCUUGGACAAGAUCAGAGAAGAGUUAAUGCUAUUUGGGCUACUCUCAGUGUUGAUGACUCCUUGGAUUGCGUUUAUCGCCAAAAUUUGCAUCAAGCCGUCUACAUUGAUGAGCAGCCGCUUCUAUCCAUGUUCUCUUAAAUCUGCACAGCAAGAAGCUCUUGACAGACAUACUGUUGCUUUUAGGCCUGGUCGUUUUAAUUCCUCGAUUUCACGCUUGUUGUUGGAAGACCUGGAUUAUGACUAUUGCCCCAAGGAUCGUGAACCGUUCACUUCAUCCGAGAGCCUUGAGCAGCUCCGUCGGUUCUUGUUCGUUUUGGGCGUUACUCAUGUCUCGUACAGUUUCUUAGCCAUCGCACUAGCCAUGAUCAAGAUAUAUAGUUGGAGAACAUGGGAAAAUAAUGCCAAGAAAUUCGCUCUUCGAGGCCUGAUAACUGAGGAUACAUCUGCUGUUGAUACUGAAGAUGUCGGAACAGAUGGCGAGCCAAUAAGGCGCCUAUCGAGUUUUAUUGCUCAUCACACAUCUCAUCCUUGGAGUCGGAACAGACUUCUCGUUUGGCUGCUUUGUUUCAGUCGCCAGUUCUGGAGUUCGAUAAACCAAGCUGACUAUAUGGCACUGCGACUCGGCUUCAUUACCACUCAUCAAUUACCGUUCACUUACGACUUCCAUAAUUACAUGCUUCGGAGCAUGGAGGAAGAGUUUCGAGAUAUUGUAGGCAUUAGCAUCCCGCUCUGGAUUUUCGCUAUCACAUGCAUUGCUCUGGGAUUUCAUGGAACAAAUGUGUACUUCUGGAUCUCUUUCUUUCCAAUCAUUUUGAUCCUUCUACUGGGCACAAAGCUACACCAAAUAGUUGUAAAGCUGGCCGUUGAAAUCAUGGAGCCAAGCCAAUGGAUAGAAAUCCAGACGUUCAAUCUAAGGGACGAGCUCUUCUGGUUUGGCAAGCCCAGGCUGCUUCUUCGGUUGAUACAAUUCAUAUCAUUUCAGAAUGCAUUCGAGAUGACAACAUAUAUAUGGUCAUUGUGGGAGAUAAGGGCAGCAUCAUGCUACACCGAAGAUCAUGCAUUGCUAGCAAUUCGAUUGACAUUUGGAGUGGUGUCGCAGUUCUGGUGUAGCUUCAUCACUUUCCCUCUCUAUGUCAUUGUGGCUCAGAUGGGGUCCAAGUUCAAGAAGACCAUUGUGUCCGCCAAUGUGAGGCAAUCGCUUCAUGGAUGGCGAAGGAAGGUGAAGGCUAGGCACAAACUCUGUCCCGGUCCCAACAAGCUAUCCUUUAACGACACUAGAAACUCCACUGGAAGCAUAGAAAGGAGCGCCAACAUGCCCGAACACAGCUUGGAUUCUGAUCAAAAUGGCUCCUUGAGGCGUUCUCGGGAGAACGAGCUGCCUACAUCCAACGAGGAGCUUCAAGAUCUUGUGCAUUCUGAUCCAGAGCCGGAAGUAUGA